AUGGCCAAUCCCAAUGGAACCACCCUCCACGCCUCCAUCUUCAUCCUCAUUGGCAUCCCGGGCCUUGAAGGUCUGCACAUCUGGAUCUCCAUCCCUUUCUGCACCAUUUACAUCUUCUCUCUCUUAGGGAACUGUCUCCUCCUGGUUAUUAUCAAGACUGAGCCGAGUCUCCACCAGCCCAUGUACCUUUUCCUGGCCAUGCUGGCGAUCGCUGACCUGGUUGUCUCCUCCACCACCCUGCCCAAAAUCCUCACCAUCUUCUGGUUCAACAAUGGUUAUAUCAACAUUGAUGCUUGCCUGGCUCAGAUAUUUUUGGUCCAUUCUGUUUCCACCAUGGAGUCUGGGUUCAUAUUGGCCCUGGCCUUUGAUCGUUACGUGGCCAUAUGCAACCCUCUGAGACACUCGGUCAUCCUCACCAACAGGGUCAUUGCCAAGAUCGGGCUGGGGGUGGUGGUGAGAGGGUCCGUGCUGCUGAGCCCGCACCCCUUGAAGUGGCUGCCUUACUGCAGGACCAACGUCAUCGCUCACACCUACUGCGAGUUCAUGGCACUGGCCAAACUGGCCUGUGCAGACACGUCAUCCAGGAGAGCCUACAGCCUGACUGUCGCCUUCCUCACUGGGGGGGUAGACUUGGUCCUCAUUGUGGUGUCAUAUAUCCUGAUCCUUUGCACUGUCUUCAGGUUCCCCUCCAAGGAGGCGCGUUUCAAAUCCCUGGGCACCUGCAGCUCCCACGUCUGCGUCAUCCUGGUUUCUUACACACCUGCGUUCUUCUCCUUCCUGACCCACCGCUUUGGUCAUAGCGUGGCCCCGCAUAUUCACAUUAUCAUAGCCAACAUAUACCUCCUUGUCCCAUCUAUGUUUGACCCCAUCAUCUAUGGGGUCAUGACCAAAAAGAUCCGGGAAAGGGCGCUGAGAAUAUUUUGCCCCAGGCACACUCAAGCACUUUCAUAG